AUGGAGAUUCUUGUGGAAGGCACCCGGUCGAUGCAGGUGCAGAAAUUACUCGGUGACAGAGACAUCACAUUCGCUGUGACAGGCAACGACAACGGACCCAUGGUGGUGCCCCGGUCGCGAAGCCCAAGGUACAAAUCGAUAGAAAACAGUGCGGCUGGAUAUAAGUCUUGGCGGAACAAAGAUCGCGUAAUGGAUUGGAAAGAUUACUAUCCCUUAGGUAUGAUUUACAACUGGAUGGAUGAGAUCGAGCGACAGUUUCCAGCAACAUGCACGGUUUGUCCUAUAGGAAAAUCCGUAGAAGGAAGAUAUAUAAAGAUGUUGAAAAUAUCCAAUAGCGACGCCUCAAACACUGGGGUGUGGAUGGAUGGUUGUAUUCAUGCUCGAGAAUGGAUUAGCACCUCCGUCGUGACUUAUAUUGCCGACUAUAUCGCUAAGAACUUCAGCAAGCUCCCCAACUAUAUCACUAACAAAGAUUGGUUUUUUGUUCCUGUUGUAAACCCCGAUGGCUACCAUCAUACGCACGCCGUGGACCGAAUGUGGCGUAAAAGUCGCGCACGUUUCGGAAAUACAAUUGUGGGAGUAGAUCUCAACAGAAAUUUUGGCUAUAACUGGGGCCAAUGCGGAGUUGACGCCAUUCCUCUGGGUGAUCCGAAUCAUCAAAAUUAUCGAGGCCUGGAACCCUUCUCUGAACCUGAAACCUCUGCUAUUAAGAAUCUGAUAUUAUAUUCCGGCACACCGUUCAAGAUUUUUCUUACAUUUCACGCCUAUAGUGAAGUUAUAUCAUUUCCUUGGUGCUUUACAUCUGAUCCUUGUCCAGACUAUGUGAACUUGAUCGAAGGAGGCGCUACCAUGGCCAAAGCUAUGUACGACACAACCGGCCGCAUGUAUAAAGUGGGCAACUUCAAGGACAUAAUGUACUUUGCAUCAGGGACCAGUAUAGACUGGAGCUACGGAACUGCUAAGAUUCCCUUCUCAUACCUGGUGGAGUUGAGGAGUAAGGAGCAUCGAUUCCAGUUGCCUAGGGAAGAGAUCCUCGACUGCUGCAAGGAAACCCUGGCAGGGGUCUUAGCGCUCGCUGAGUUUGUUGAAAAGAAGAAAUGUUUAAAUUGUACAAUAUUUGCUAGUAAAUUACGGUGA